AAAGGGUUACGAUAGAUAAACUCACUAGUUAACUAGCUUUCAAAACUGUUCUUGCUAAAUUCCAAACACAUCACUACAUUGUUACUUAUAGAGUGUAUAUAUAGUCUGCGUUGCUCCAAGUACCACAUCCACAUUCACAUCCACUAAGAUGGAAGCUAUUAAGCCUCAUGCUGUUUUUAUUCCAGUUCCAGCUCAAAGCCAUAUAAAGGCAAUGCUUAAACUAGCAAAAAUCCUCCAUCAUAGAGGCUUUCAUAUCACCUUUGUCAACACAGAGUUCAAUCACAAGAGAUUUCUUAAAUCUCAAGGACCAAACUCCCUAGAUGGCUUCCCUGACUUUCGGUUCGAAGCCAUUCCAGAUGGGCUUCCAGAAUCGGAUGAAGAUGCCACCCAAGAUGUUGCUUUGCUUUGUGACUCUAUCAAGAAAAAUUUCUUAGCUCCUUUUUGUGCCCUUAUCAUGAAACUGAACAUUACUAAUCCUCCAGUGAGUUGUAUAGUUUCAGAUGGUUGCAUGUCGACAUUCACCAUCACAGCUGCUGAAGAAUUUGGAGUUCCAGUAGCAAUGUUCUACACCAUUGCUGCUUGCAGCUUCAUGGGGUUUACACAAUAUCCCAGUUUGAUCGAAAAAGGACUUGCACCACUUAAAGAUGAGAGCUGCUUCACCAAUGGGUUUUUAGACAAGGUAAUAGACUGGAUUCCAGGAAUGAAAGAAAUUCGUUUAAGGGAUCUCCCAACAUUCUUUCAAACAACAAAUCCCGAUGACAUCAUUUUUAACUACUUCAUAGAAGCAACAGGCCCAAGAAUUCAGAAAGCUUCUGCUGUUGUUCUCCAUACAUUUGAUGCAUUGGAACAAGAUGUUUUGGAUGCUCUCUCAUCUAUGCUUCCACAUGUUUAUGCCAUUGGACCUAUCCAAUUACUUCUCAAUCAGAUACCGGAACACCCUCUGAAUCCUAUGGGUUACAGUCUAUGGAAAGAAGAACCAGAGUGCCUUGAGUGGCUGGAGAACAGGGCACCAAAUUCAGUUGUUUAUGUGAAUUUUGGUAGCGUAGCAGUCUUGACACCAAAACAGCUCGUAGAGUUUGGUUGGGGACUUGCAAACAGCAAGUAUCCUUUCUUCUGGGUAAUUAGGCCUGAUCUGGUUAUUGGCGAGUCAGCAAUUUUGCCACCUGAAUUUGUAGCUGAGAUCAAAGAUAGAGGUCUGCUAGCAAGUUGGUGCCCACAAGAGCAAGUACUCAACCAUCCAUCCGUUGGAGGGUUUCUAACACACAGUGGCUGGAAUUCAACCAUUGAGAGUUUGACGGCCGGAGUGCCUAUGUUGUGUUGGCCAUUCUUUGGCGACCAGCAGACAGACUGUUACUUUUGUUGCAAGGAAUGGGGUGUUGGCAUGGAAAUCAGUAACGAUGUCAAGAGAGACGAAGUAGAGAAGCUUGUUAAAGAGUUAAUGGGGGGAGAGAAGGGCAAGAAAAUGAGAAACAAGGCCUUGAAUUGGAAGAAACUUGCGCAAGAAGCCACUGCUCCACAUGGCUGUUCAUCCAUAAACUUGGACAAUUUAGUGAAUCAAGUGCUACUAAGGAAAAGCUAGAUGUAAUCUGGCAUGAGAAUAAUGUCCUGUAAUCAAUUUGCUGUUAAUUGGCUUGUAAGAUGAAUGUUUGGUAGUCUCAAUAAAAUUGUAUUGUUCCAGCUUUAA